CCUGAAGAAGCCACUCGAAGACUACAUGGCCCUUUUCCCCAGUGUGAGGAUUCUUCGAACCAAGAAACGGGAGGGGCUGAUAAGGACCCGGAUGCUGGGGGCCUCAGCAGCAACUGGGGAUGUUAUCACGUUCUUAGACUCGCACUGUGAAGCCAAUGUCAACUGGCUCCCCCCCUUGCUCGACCGCAUCGCUCGGAACCGCAAGACCAUCGUGUGCCCGAUGAUUGACGUGAUUGACCACGAUGACUUUCGGUACGAAACACAGGCAGGGGAUGCCAUGCGGGGCGCCUUUGACUGGGAGAUGUACUAUAAGCGGAUCCCAAUUCCUCCAGAACUGCAGAAAGCUGACCCCAGUGACCCAUUUGAGUCUCCCGUGAUGGCCGGUGGACUGUUCGCUGUGGAUCGGAAAUGGUUCUGGGAGCUGGGCGGGUACGACCCAGGCCUGGAGAUCUGGGGAGGGGAGCAGUAUGAAAUCUCAUUCAAGGUGAGCCAGCUUUUUGGAAGCCCCCUUCUCCUUGCCACACCUGCCUUGGCACCUGUCCUGAGGGUUCUGCAGCUCCUGUUGCUCAGGUGAAGAAGUCAGGGGCUGUGGGCCACUCCUUGUGGUGCGUGAUAGUGGACAUGGGGUGUCUCCUCAGGCUGCUCAAGCCUGGCCUUAACCACAGCUCUUACAUCAUCCACUUCUUAGGACGGCCGAGUUAGAAUAAGACAGGUCUCACUUCCAGUCAAGAUGGUGCCGUG